GCAGUGGCGCGGCGGGCGGAGCCUCACUUCGAAGGGCACGCGAGAGGGCGACUCGCACCUGCUCGUGUCCACCCUGGGAGCCUCACAGCGAGGCCUGCCGCCGGAAAGUGCGGCGUCGCGGCACCUCUCCCCCUUGGUCUUCAGCGCCGAAGCGAAAGAAACACCUGCCGAGGAGGCCCCGCCGGCCGAGGAGCCGCCGUGCGGGUCACCCGACGAGGAGCUGGCCGCGGAGCCAGAGCCUCCGCCGAGGGGCGCCUUGACAAGCGCCGAAGCGCAGGCGCAGCCCGGCGCUGAGGCGCAGGCGCAGCCGGGCGCCGUGGCGCAGGCGGAGCCCCACGCCGCUGGGCAACCGAGCAGACGACCUUCAGCGCUGGCCAUGGCGGCAAGUAGCAGUGGCACCAUGGCGGUGGGCGGCGCGCAGUGCCAGCCUCGCAUCUUCGGCGCGGCACCCCGCCGCUACAGACAGGGCGCAGUCGUGGUCACGGUGGAGUGGUUUUGGACCGACGGGCGGGGGGCCGUGGCGAGGACAGGAGUGGAUGUGCUCCUGGCGGUGUUGCUCGCCAAGCGCCCUCCUGGUCUGGAGGCGCAGAUGCUCCGCACCGGGCUGGAUAUCUUCAAGUGCAUGCCGAACCGCGACGAGGACAUGCAGGGCACGUUCUUCCUAUUCGACGUCCUGCUCGACCGUGCCAGCCGGCUGUUCAGGACGGAGCAGGAGUUCCAGCUGGUCAAGGCAAGGCUUCUCCGAGACCGAGCGAUCGAGGAGGACGUGUCGACCGUCGAGCUGGGCAGGACUGGGGCGCCGGGCGUAUAUUUCGCUGACGCCAACAAGGACCCGCCUCCGCUGUGCCUGGCCAUGGCGGCCGGGAGCGCCGCUGGGACGGCGGCGCGCCUUGCCCAGGGCGCUGCGAUCGGACGCGGUCACAGCAGCGAG